AUGGCAAUCACCAACAAAAUACGGAUGUUCGAGGACAUGUCAGAGGAUAUCAUCAUCAUUGAGAAGAUACUUAGAUCCUUAACACCAAAAUUCAAUUUUGUUGUUUGUGCAAUUGAGGAGUCUAAGAAUAUUGAUGAUCUAUCACUUGAUGAGCUGCAAAGUUCUUUACUGGUACAUGAACAGAAGCUCAAGCAACAAGACAAUGAGGAGCAAGCUUUGAAAGCUUCAAUAGAAACUCCAUCGUUGUCAAAAAGAGGUAGAGGCAGAGCAAAGGUGAAGGAUGAGGCAUGGCUAUGGCAUUUACGCAAUGGGCAUCUAAAAUUUGGUGGACUCAAAACAUUGCAAGAAAAAAAUAUGGUGACGGGUUUACCACAAAUUAAAAGUCAUUCUGAGAUUUGUGAAGAUUGUGUGGUUGGGAAACAACACAGAGAUAGGUUUCCAACAGAAAAAUCAUGGAGAGCAAAGCAUGUUUUGGAACUUAUUCACUAUGAUCUUUGUGGACCCAUAAAUCCGACAUUAAAUGGUGGUAAACGUUACUUUGUAACAUUCAUUGAUGAUUAUAGUCGAAAAACUUGGGUUGACUUUUUACAGAAAAAAUCUGAAACUUUUUCAGCUUUUAAAAGCUUCCAAGAAAAGGUUGAAAAGGAAGCAGACAUGUCAAUAAAGAUUCUUCGUAGUGAUCGUAGAGAUUGGGAUCCAGUAACCUUUGAAGAAGCUGUCAAAAAACCGAAAUGGCAAGAGGCAAUGAAUGAUGAGAUAGUAGCAAUUGAAAGAAACAACACCUGGGAAUUAAUUGAACUUCCAAAGGGGUAG